AUGGCCCCCAGUCGCAGUUUGGCUGAUUUCGCCCGAUGCAUGCCGUUCAACUCGCCGGACCACCAAUUUCAUGAUGAAUUAGAAGCGUUUAUCGUGAACUACUUUGAACAGCGACAUAAUUCAGAUCCCUCCUUAGAGGAUAAAAUCGAUUCUUUAGUGGCAGCGUCAAAAAAAAAAUGCUGGGAAAUGAGCGGCCGCGAAACCAUUCUCGAGAUGGCUCAGCACCUUGCCAGAAAUUGCCACUCCCUUCAAUUGAAGGCCGAAGUGACUGUUCGACAGAGCGUGAUCAUGCGCCUGGCGGGGAACAUCAAGGGCUCUCAGCAGGUUAUUGAAGACUGUUUGUCAGGCCUCCGAGACGAGUCAGUUGACCUUCACGUUGCAGCUUUGUUUAUUUCACAGGCAUCCAAUCAUGUCUAUCAAUUUUGCUUUUCGAUAGCUCACGAACAAAUCAAAAACUGGAUGCCAUUCCGAGAUAUCCCAGGUAAACAGGAGCAGUUGUUAUGGGAUCAAAUAUCUUGCAUUGGCCGAAUCCUGCGAGGGCAAGGCCAAUUCAUGGAAGCUAAACGUUGUUUUGAGACUUGUCUUGGAUCUCCUGGGCUACCAGAUGCGAAGGCGUUUCUUAUGAAAUCUAACCUUGCCGACCUUUAUUGUGAAUUAGACUAUUCAGAAGGCCCGGGCAAUUCAUAUCUACCUCGCGCAGCCGAGAUGGUAGGAGCGGCUGUUGAAGAACUAAGGAGAUCAUCCCGUCAACAUCUCAAAGGUUACCGACGACUGCUUCUUUCGUUUGUUGAGGUUCGAAUGAGGCAAGGACAAUAUCGGGAGGCUGGCGAUAAUGUCACGGAGUUAUUAGCUAUUUAUGGCAACUUGGGCGAGAUUGACAUCGUGGAUCGCUUGGGACAUGUCAGGACUCUGAUUGCGUUCGCACGUUUGUCGCUGUUCGCACAGGAUGCGUUGCGAAGAUGGUCAGAUGUUCUGGCAUGGAACAAAUUAUACAACCCACUUGAGGAGGAGGUUUUUACUUGUUGCGUCGCAUAUCAUGCGAUAUCAAAUGCCUUGAACGCCCUUGGAAAUACACUUGAAAGCUUUGAGAAUUUCUGCAAAGCAACAGAAAUAUCUCGAAGGAGAAGCUGUCAAUUCUUGAUUCCGGGAGUGGGGACCUAUAUUUAUGAUCAGGUGCUUCAAAAUACGGUGCAAAGGGAACAGACAGUAUCCGCGAAUGAUCAGUCAGCUUCGUCUCUUGAUAGAAAGCCCGGAGUGAAGUUAUAA